AUGGCGUCGGCAGAGAAGACAGAAGAAUGUCCUUUUGCAGAUAUCUUUAAUGAAGAUGAAGCUGAGAGAAACUAUUUGUUGUCCAAACCUACUUGCUUUAUUAUAUUUGGAAAACCAGGGUCUGGGAAGACAACAUUAGCCCGUAAUAUAGCACAAGCUUGGAAAUGUAUUCGUGUUGAAGCUUUACCGGUUUUGGAGGAACACAUUGCCACCGAGACUGAAACGGGAACUAUGCUGCAGUCGCUGCUGAUGAGCGGUCACAGCAUCCCGGACGAGCUCGUCACGAGACUGAUCCUGGAGAAGCUCAAUUCUCCGGAAGUCUCUCACUUUGGUUACAUCAUCACUGAAAUGCCAUCACUCGCACAGGAUACUGUGACCACUUUGAAGCAACUGGAAUUUGUUAAAAAUUUAGAAUUGCAACCAGAUGUUAUAAUCAAUAUUAAGUGUGGUGACUAUGACUUAUGCCAGAGAGUCUCUGGGCAAAGGCAGCACAGUUCCACAGGGUACAUAUACAACAGAGACCAGUGGGACCCCGAAAUCAUCGAGAGCCGCAGGAGACGGAAGAAGGAACUUCCCAAAGACGGAAAAGCUGAAGAGGAAGAAGAGGAAGAAGAACAAGAAGAGGAGGAGGCAUUUAUGGCUGAAAUGCAGGUGGUGGCUGAAAUUCUUCAGUACCUGGUCCAGAGACCUGAGGAUUUCCUGGAGAACAUUGAAAAUACAGUGAAACUGUAUAAGGACAUCCUUCUUAGUGCUUUAGAAGAGCUAAUGGCUGAGCACAAUCCCCAGUAUCUCAUUGAGCUGGAUGGGAAUAAGUCCCCCGAGGAACACUUCAUGACAGUCAUAGAACGGCUGAAAUACCUGAAUCUAAAGAGAGCCGCCAUUAUCACCAAGCUGCAGAGUACAGAAGAAGAAAUGAAUGACAUAAUAGACACGGAAGAUCUGUUCCGUACACUCUCAUCGUAUAAACUCAUCGCGCCACGGUACAGAUGGUGCCGCAGCAAGUGGGGGCGUUCUUGUCCCAUGGCCUUGAAGGAUGGGAACAUUUAUUCGGGAUCAGCCGAUUAUUCUGUGAGUUUUCUAGGUAAAAUGUACUGCCUUUCUUCUGAAGAAACACUAAAAUCAUUUUUGCUGAAUCCCCGUCCUUGCCUUCUACCACCUAUGCCCAUCCCGCCAUGUAAAAUCUUUAUAUUUGGGCCUGGCAGCUCAGGGAAAACAACGCUGUGCAACCUGAUUGCAGAAUACUUCAAAGGCAAGGUAGUUGACUACGCUAAGCUUGUUCAGCCACGUUUUGACGACGCCCGUGAAAAGCUGAUUAAGGACACCAUAAUGGAGGCCACCACCACGGCUAUCAAAACUGUGAGAGAGAAGCUGCUUAAGGAACAGCAAGUUAGGAAGCAAGAGGAGAGGACCUUGAGGGAACUGCAAAUUCAGUAUGCAAAAAAGGAAUACGAUGACUUCACGGAUGACAAGAUAUUUAAAAGCUCUGACGACUUGCAGUCUUUGGUGGCAACUGCUCAUGACUCCCAGAAACUCAGCUCCUUAGACAGUGCCGAUGAAGACAAAACUAGGUCCGAGAAAUCCCUUGCUGCAGACACGGAUAAAGAUGUCUCCACAGAAGAGUCCAUAGAAGUGAAUGAGAACCACCCUGAGGUGCUUUUACUCAUAGAGGACACGCUGAAACACGCCAAGGAACUGAACUUUGAGCAGCCCUAUGAGAAACAAGCUGAGCUACUAGAGGAAAUCAUCAAAGAGGUAACAGACGACAACAGGAACAGGUUUCCUGGUGCCCAAAAAUAUGGAGGAUGGAUUGUGGACAACUGCCCUGUUAUAAGAGAUCUGUGGAUGGCCUUCAAUGAAAAAGGAAUUGUACCUGAUUUGGUUAUCUCUUUUACAGAUGCAGAUAACAAUGGAAAAUGUUUUUUAAAUAGAAUGUAUUUAAAGCGUAAGCCAGAGAUUGAUGCUAAGAUUUUAGAGAGAUUACAAGAUGAACUGCAAAUCAAGAAAAAGGAAGAGGAGGAAAUAAGAAAAGCCAAAGAAGAAGAAAUGAGACUAGAAGAAGAAAAACAGAGGCUGAUAGAAAGUGCGGCCAAGAAAGAAAAAGAUGUUGAAGAGCCUGAUAAUGAAGCUGAGGAGGAGGUUGAAGGGGAAGAUUCUGAAGCCCAUGAAGAGCCUGAGGCACCUGAGAUGCAAGAGGAAACCCGAGGGUCGCUGUUACCUGAGGAGUCUGAAGCUGAGGUCCCGGAAGCUGAGCAUGAGCCUGAAUCAGUCCCUGAGCCUCCUGAGGAAACUGCUGUUGAAGCCGAAAUUCCAAAAGAACCCAAAGAGGUCCUGGAACCUGAAGAAGCAACUGAAGCAGUUAUGCUGCCGGAGUUCCCAGAGGACGCUUACCCCAGUGUUCCUGAGAUGGAGCCACUGAAGGAAGAGCUGAAUAAUUACCUCCUCAUGUGGAAAAAUAUGGAGCAGAUCAUUACGGACAAUUUGAUUCAAAUAUUAACAUUGGAUAUUUCCAACAAAACACCAAAGGAACUGCUUCAAAAAGUAGUUGAAAUGAUGGAAAAGCCUUUUCAGUAUACUGCAUGGGAACUGAAUGCUGAGGAUUACGAUGAAGAAGCAGAAGACUACCAGGCAGAGAUCGAAGUCGAUGAGGAGCAGGAGGAAGAGGAGGAGGAAGAGGAGGAGGGUGAAGAAAAGUUAAAAGAAAAAAGGAGGCACUUGGGAGACACCAAACACUUCUGCCCAGUGGUUCUCAAAGAAAACUUUAUUCUGCAGCCUGGCAACACAGACGAGGCUGUUAAGUACCGAGAAAAGAUAUACUACUUUUCAACUGCUGAGGCCAAGGAAAAGUUCCUGGAGCAUCCUGAGGAGUAUGUGGCCCAGAACGAGCCAUUAAAGGCUCCUCCCAUCAGGCUCUGUUUUCUGGGUCCCCGUGGCUCCGGCAAAACUCUUUGCGCCAGAACGUUGGCAGAAAACUUCGGCGUUUUUCACAUUCAGUUUGAUGAAUUUCUCCAAGAAAAAAUGCUGCUUAAGGCUGAAAGGAAAUUCGGGCCUGAGUUUGAGGACGAUUCCGAGGAGGAGCAAGCCACAAAGCAAGAACUGGAAGAGCUUGCCGUUCAGGCGAACGUGAAAAUUGAAGAAGAAAUCACAAAAAAGCAGCUUCCAGAUGUGCAGUUCACAGAAGAGGAGGAGGCAAUCAAGCUGAGUCUGACGGAGAAUGAGCCCCUGACGUCGGAAAUUCUGGACCCCAUGCUUUCUGAGUGGUGGCUUAAAGAACCAAUGCGCUCCACCGGCUUCAUCCUGGACGGUUUCCCGCGGUACCCGGAGGAGGCCCAGUUUCUAGGAGAGCGUGGCUUUUUCCCAGAUGCCGCUGUUGUAAUACAAGUAGAAGAUCAAGACAUCUUUGACCGGCUCCUUCCGGCACAAGUUCAGAAGUGGAAAACGAAACAGCGCAAAAAAUCAGAACGGAAAAAACUCAUCAAAGACUUGAAGACAAAAAUCAGGGACGAUAUGGUUGCUAAGAGAAGAGCUGAACUUAUCUCAGAGAGGGACAGAAAGAGGAAAGGGGAUAGCGCUUUCCGAGAUGAUGACGAUUUCAGUGACGAUGAGCCUGAUGAAGAGGAGGAUAUCGAAAACAUCCUGGAAGAAGAGUUCCCGAAAGACGAGGAGGAGAUGAGUGAGGAGGAUGAGGAGCAGGAAGGAGAAGCCGUGGAGCGCCUGCGAAGUGAGAUGGGAGAAAAGUUUGAAACCGAAAUGAACAAUCUGCAAAUGAUACAGGAAGAAUUUGAUAAGGUUCUGGUACCAAUAAUUACAGUUAAUGGAGCUAGGAAACUUAACAUUGUACAAUAUGUGUUGAACUUGAAAUUGAAGCCGCUCGUGGAAAACCGUGCAAGCAUUUUUGAGAAGUGUUAUCCAGUGUCCCCACACCUUGCUCAUAAAAUGCUGACCUUCACCUACAAAUACAUAAGCUCAUUUGGCUACUGGGACCCUGUAAAGCUAAGCGAAGGAGAGACAAUCAAGCCUGUUGAGAAUGCAGAGAACCCUCUUAACCCUGUCAUCCACCGUCAAUAUAUUUAUUUUUUAUCUAGUAAACAAACCAAAGAAAAAUUUAUGAUGAACCCAAUCAAAUAUAUCCGGCAACCCAAACCCAAAGCUUCUAUGCCUGUCAGAAUUAUGAUUGUGGGGCCUCCCAAGUCAGGGAAAACCACAGUUGCCAAGAAGCUUGCAAGUGAAUAUGGCUUAAAACGUCUGUCAGUAGGAGACGCGCUGCGUAGCAUGUUAAGCAAUCACCCAGAUACGGAGCUGUCACUCAUGAUCAACUGGCACCUUCACAAGGGAAUGACAGUGCCGGAUGCACUUGCUAUUCAAGCUCUAGACCUCUCCCUGAUGGAAAGUGUGUGCAAUACUAUAGGUGUGGUCAUUGAUGGCUACCCUGUAACCACAAACCAGAUGAAUAUCUUGGAGACGAGGUCAAUCAUUCCCAUGGUCAUCUUUGAGUUGGACGUGCCAUCCAAGGAGAUAUUCAAGAGGUUGCUCUUCGAGAGGAAGAUGGAGCAGAGUACGCCUUAUCCACUGCACAACAGCACACAGAUUAUAGCUUACAAGAAUGCCAAGUACCGUAAAAAUGUCAGUGAGAUCAGGCAGUUUUAUCAAGAACAGCAUCAAAACUGGCAUGUGAUUGAUGGAUUUCACAGUAAGUGGUGGGUGUGGAAUGAAGUCAUUAAAGACAUCCAGCAGAUGAAUAAAUACAUACAGACAUACAUGGAAAAAAUAAAGGAAGGGAAAGCUGCUUGCAUUGACAAACUAUGUAUCACGCCUGAAGAGCUGAUUUCUCGUCUGGGAGAGUUUGGGCAGUUCUGCCCCGUCAGCCUGGCAGAGUCUUAUGAGUUAGUUGAUUGUUCUGUGACUAACAGCUUGGAAUUCGCAGCAGAGUUCAGAGGACACUAUUAUAAAAUGGGUUCUCAAGAAAAGCUAAACAAAUUUCUGAUGAACCCAGAAUUGUACGUGCCCCCCUUGGCACCUCAUCCACUCCCACCUGCUGCCAUGCUCCCCAAAAGGCUGACCCUGUCAGAGCUCAAGAGUCGAUUUCCCAAGUGUGCUGAGCUCCAAGGCUACUGCCCAGUGACUUACCUUGACGGAAAACAAAGAUAUGACGCCCUGGUGCCUGGUAACAUUCAAUAUGCCGUAGAGUAUCGGGAUCGUAUAUUUAUUUGCGAGAGUGAAGAAAAGCUGCAGAAAUUUUUGAGGCUGCCGAUGCGUUACUGGGACCAGAAGCUCCCACACAAGCUUCCUCCGCUAAAGGAAUCCAUCCACCUCACCAGUCUCCCUUUGCCUGGGUAUCUGGAACAGGGUACAGCAACUUCCCUAAUCAAAGCCUUGAAUGCAGCGGGAUGCCUGAAGCCCAAGUUCCCCUUCCUAAGCGUGAGGCGGUCUGUCCUCCUCUACAUAGGGUUUCAUCUCAAAGCCUUUAAUCCCAAAGGUUCUGAAUAUUCAAGAAAAAAAUACAAGAAGAAGAUGGAAAAGUUUUUGGAAAGAUGUGAACUCAUAACAUACCUCAGUGCCAAGAUGACCCGGAAGUACAAGGAGCCUCAGUUUCGAGCCAUCGACUUCGAUCACAAGCUACAGACCUUUUUGGCCCUGAGAAACAUAGACCCCAUUACCGGAUAACUUGCUUAGGUUACCAAGACCCAAAUUUCUCAAAUCUUCUCCCAGGGAGAGAGGGACUUAAAGGAGCAGACUUCAAAUCUUGCAUUUUCUGAAGUUUAUUUCCCUCUUAUCUGAUGUUAUGUGGUCGCCAGGUCUCAAAUGGACUCAAAGCCCUAUGAGGAAGGGUCACCCUCUGAGUACCUAAGUGUUAAUACAAUUUUCAAGUUUAUUGCCUUUUUCUGAAUUUUGAU